AUGGACCUGGAUACUGGAAAUACGUCCGCCCACGGCUCAUCUGCGCGCGGGGUCAAACGUCCAGCUUUGACUUGCCCGUCUGUACCCCCAGCUUUUGUAUGGUACCCCCAGCUUUUGUAUGAUAGUGGGCUUGAAGGGCGCCAUCCACCCCCGCUCCAUACGUGCAAUCACUGUCCACAGCCCAUCUAUGACUCCCCCAUGGUUGGUGUUAUCAACGCUGUGUCCUCAAUCACCGAGUGUGAGACUUACGAGAAAUGGCGCUCCCAAAUUGAUAUAUCCGUUGCCAGCGUGGAUAGUUGGCUGCGCGACCUAGCAACUCGUGGUGAGAGCCAUAUCUUGCUCCGUGCCACAGUAGGAGCAUUCCCAAGCUUCCUCGGUCUAUUAUCUAGCACCCUUACUGCUGUGCUGGAAUAUGAUUGA